AUGCCGCAAAACCUACGGCAUGAGAAGAAGGCCCAGGAUCCUGGUUUACGCACGCGCUUCAAGGCCAAAUUUCACUGGCGCCGAGCAAAGGCCGAGUCCAUCGCCCCGGGGGUUCCUGUAAUAGAAACAACAAACCAUACAAAUGAUGGCGACCAAAAUAAGGUAUCGACGAUGCCUAAUGGGAAAAUAAUACUGGAUGACCAGAAACAACUGACCGAAGAGGUUGCUGGAGUGCCCGAAAGGAUUCCCCAGAUGGCACUGGUGGUUGAUGAUGCUCAUAACGAUGAUGCUAAAAUGAAGCCGAAAAACCUAUGGGACGAGGCAUUCCUGUCUCUCAGUCCUGAUGAGCAGGCUCAUUUGAAGGCAAUACUUGGUGACGGGCAAGUUUCUUCAAUGUUUACCAAGCCCGACUUUGCAAGUCUCAAGGUUGAUGUCCAACGGAAGCAGGAUCAAUGUGAAGAAAAGUCUUGGAAACUCUCUUUCGGGGACCAUGUCAUUGUUGUUAAAGACUUUGCAGCAAAGUCUGCCACAUGGCUGCAGAAACUUGGAGACUUGGUCAUUCCGUUUGCCCCAACCGCGGCAUCGGCCCCGUGGGGCUUGAUUAAGGGUGUUUUGCAAAUACCUAUUAGCUACGAUCACCAAAUGCUUGCCUUGCUUGGGACCAUGGACGAGGUUUUCAAGGUUGUGUAUCAUGGCCAGAUUUACGAGAUGCUCUAUACACCCGAAAGAACACGCGAUGAUGUGCUGCAAACCCUCCAAACCGAAUUGCAUGGUAUAUACAAAAGCGCAUUGGAACUGAUUGCAUACACUCAAAAACAACUCUCUGGCGGCACAUUGAAGAAUAUAGUUGAGGCUAUUGCCAGCCCCGAUAGCGCGGAUGGCCUUUUGAGUACAUUAAAAGCUCGCCAUGUUGGUCUCAGCCAUGCCGCUCAGUUAUGUGAAAGUUGGCGCAGUGGAGAAGUCGAUGAUCGCUUACUGGAUGGAUUGCGCGCCAUUAGUGAACCGAUGGUGCGCUUUGAGGAGAACUUCCAGACCUACUUCGAUGAAAUGGAAAGCGCAAAGAUGAUCCAAAUCUUGGAGGCAAUAUCGUCUAUUCCAUACACGACACACCACCAAGAAUAUCAAGAGAAGCGGACUACCGAUACAUGCAAUUGGCUAUUGGAAGAUGAAGGAUUCCGUGCGUGGGAGAGCAGCAGAUCCUCUGGGGCCUUUUGGCUUUGGGGCACAGCUGGAACUGGGAAAAGCUUCCUGACAUCCAAGGUUAUCGAUCAUCUGCAAGAAAAUCUGGAGGGAACUCCAAACCACGAGCGCCUGGCAUUCUUUUACUGUCGCCGAACUCAGGGCGAAGAAGAACGCAGCAGGCCAUUAUCGGUCCUUCAAAGCUUUUUACGACAGCUCGCUUGUCAUUUGGACAAGCCGGAAUUGAUGCAGUCAGGCCUGGUUGAAGCUUUUGAUAAGGUUCAAAAACACAAAGGCAGCUUUAAUCGAUCGAUAUGCGAGCCUUUGCUCGAGGAAUCUUUCAAAAUUUAUCCAUGUACAACCUUGGUCAUCGAUGCACUGGAUGAAUGUGACAGUGCAUCGCGCGACGAGCUUAUCGAGUUUCUUGGCCGUGUUAUUCCUGGAGCUUCAAUGCGAGUAAAGAUCUUCAUCUCUAGCCGCCCUGAUGAUGAUAUCAAAAGAAAGUUUGGUACUGGGCAAAACAUCGGUGUCCUCAGCGACAGAUCCCGAGGCGACAUGCGCCUGUUCAUUGAUCAGAGGCUCCAGAGCAUGAUGAAGACCAACCACGCGAUUGAAAAGUCGAAAAACAAGAUUUCCGAGCGACUUUUCUCAAAAUGUGACGGCAUAACCCAAGAGUCAAUCGAAGCCCGUUUAAAUUCUCUCCCUUCUGGCCUGAAAAAGGCGUACGAUGAGAUAUAUGCCCGAAUCAAAGAGCAGGAUGAGCUCGCCCAACAACUUGUGGACCGCGCUGUCAUGUGGAUCAUGUGCGCUGCUAGACCGUUGACUAGCAAUGAGAUCUUAUCUGCAAUUAGGGUCGAUACCAAAGAACAGGACCUCCAGACAUCAAGCGAGAUAAAUGAAGAAGACCUUCUCUUUUUCUGUCAGCACCUCCUUGUCAUCGAUCAUAAGGGAAUAUGGAGAGUGUCCCAUCUCUCAGUCAUGGAGUAUUUUGAGCAGCAAUACUGGACCCUUCAAGAAGCGCACAUAAAUGUCGGCAAUGCUUGUCUUUUGGUCCUUCUUGACAUGCCUGAGCCGAAUGGGGACCUUGAAUCUGAUGAAGAAACAGAGCACUCAAAGGAAACCACAACCACAAACAUGUCGAGAGCACUCAGCUUGCAUGUCGACUUCCAACAAUAUGUUCAGUGGCAUUGGGUCAUCCACGUACAAGCUCAGAACAAAAGUCAAAUAUCCCAAACCAGCUCAAUGAAGGAACUGCUGGUAAAAUUCCUGGGCUCUCCCACAAGGAGCAGCAUUUGGUACAGGUUUUGGCACCAGCGUAUUCUCCUCCAUAGCGAGAGGGCUGUGGGUUACCAAAUACCGCUCACAUCACCACUGUCUCGCUAUGGGAUGCUUGAAACAAUAUCACCGCCUGAAUUUCCAAUGCUGGCAGUAUGCAAAUUAGGCAUUUAUGCGGCAUUGGGGGAAUGGUGGGAUAAUCUUGACGGCUGCCUUGAACAAGUCAACUCAAUGGGUCUUGGACUAAUUCAACUUGCUACAGAGGCAAACUGUACUCCAAUUUGUGAUCUCCUUUUAGACGCAGGAGCCCCAGUGGACAUGCAAUCCCAAGGAAACAGCCUUUCUACUGCUAUCGACAACCGAAAUCUGGAACUUGUUCAGCUUCUACACACGAAGAAUCGCUGUGACUGGAACUGGCUGAUACAACAUGACACAUUCCAAUACAUGUUAUAUGAUGCAUUCAAAAAUAGUGAUUGCAGAAUUGGUCAAUUCUUUGCCGCUGACGACAGGCUUGAUGUGAAUAUCCAUAUUGAGCAUCAUGGAAGUUUGCUUGAGGCAACCGUCGAUGCAAAUAAUCCAAUGAUGGCUGAAUUAUUGAUCGAUCGUGGUGCCGAUGUUAAUCUUGCUCAUGAAAGUGCGUUAUGGGGGAGUGUACUUGCCAAGGCUGCCGUCUGUUCAAAUCUAGACAUGUUGAAGUGUCUACAUCGAAGAGGGGCUGAUAUCGAUCUUCUACUGAGGAGUGGAGGAUAUGGAAGUGCACUUACUGCCGCAACUGCUUCAUCAUAUAAUGACCCAGAUAUAAUCAAAUAUCUCGUUGAUUGUGGUGCCAAUGUGAACCUCAAAUCGAAAUGUGGAAUACAUGGGAGUGCACUAGCCUUCGCAGCUUCAUCAUGGGAGUGUCGAGACGCUGUCAAAUAUCUAGUGGGCUCUGGUGCUGAUAUCAAUCUUCUUCUGGAGUGUGGAAUGUACGGGAGUGCACUUGCUGCUGCCACCGCCUCUACUUCAAUAAAUGGCACUACAGAGAAUCUCGAGUACCUAGUUGAAAAUGGUGCUGAUGUGAACCUUCUGCUGGAGGGUGGAGAUUACGGCAGUGCUCUUGCCGCUGCUGUUUCAAGAGAUGACAUGCCUGCGAUCAAGUGUCUAGUGGACUUCGGUGCUGAUAUUAAUCUUCUACUUUGUUGUGGAGAAUAUGGGAGUGCUCUUGCUGCUGCUGCCGCUUCACCAUGGGCAGAUCUAGAUCUUCUCGAGUAUCUAAUGGACUGUGGUGCUGAUGUGAACCUCAUACUAAAGUGUGGGAAAUAUGGGAGUGCGCUUGCUGCUGCUGCCGCUUCAUCAUGGGAGAGUCUAGAUAUUGUUAGGUAUCUAGUGGACCAAGGCGCUGAGAUCAAUAUUCCGCUGAAUUAUGGAGUGUUUGGCAGUGCACUUGCGGCUGCGGCGUAUUUUGGCAACAAGGAAUGCGUUGAGUUCUUGAUCAGCAAGGGAGCAUUGGUGGAUCUCAAGGUGAAUCAGGACCGGUUUUCUAAUGCUGUGGAGGCUGCAGAGGCCGAGCCUUUGAUAGAGGAGCUCGAUUUAUGGAAUUCCACCUUUGGCUUAGAAUCUCGAGUUGCGAAAAGGGUGGAGGUUUCCAAGUUCCUUCGGUCUUUAUUGGAUACACAGUCUUCUUAG